AUGUCCUUCUCUAAUACAAAUGCACCUCACUUGGCAACCCUUAGAAACGCCCUUAACCAAGACUUUACAGACUUGGAGGAAAUCCAAGUUCUAGAGCUUCUGGCAAGCUAUCUCCAACGAAAGGAGACCACUGUUGUUCGUGGCAACAGGGCCAGAGCACCCAGUAUUAUUGGAGGCACCUGGGUGGCAUUUCACCGUAACGAUGAUAAGAACGUGGCCAAGGGGAUUCUAGGCGUACUUCGUCUCCUUCAUCUUGCAGCAAAAACGACACCAUUAGUCUUUGCUUUCCCCAAGGCAUUUAACAGCCGUGCCUUUAGCAAGAUGACCUAA